ACCUGAUACGUAUGGCUCGCGUCGCCGCAACACAAACCGAAUUAGCUCAGGAAGCUAUAACUCGGUGGUUCCCCAUUGAUUAAUCGAUUCAUAGAAUCAAGUUUUUUCUCUUCUCUUCUCUGGCCGGAAAGAGAGAACCCCUUUUGAUCGGCAUGUUUGUGUUUCUGGGGGCAACUUUUAUGCAACCCAGGAACAAUUCAUUCCUGCAUUGAAGGGGUUUUUUCUUUCUUGAGCCCCAUUUUUCUGUAUCUUCAUCUUCUUCUUCUUCAGAAACAAUCGUUUUUCGUGUUCAAUAAACGAGAUAGAAAAUGGGUUCGGAUAGUUGCUUAUCGUCGAAUUGCGCAACCGUAGGAACGAGCGACAGCUGUGUAGAUAAAGAGAUUUUUUUGAAUGUAUAUGACCUUACCCCUUUCAAUUCUUACAGCAUUUGGCUUGGAUUUGGUAUUUUCCAUACGGGUAUUGAAGUGUAUGGUAUGGAAUAUGGCUUUGGGGCACACGACUAUCCAAUUAGCGGAGUGUUUGAAGUUGAACCAAAGAGUUGCCCGGGUUUUAUCUACAGAACCUCAAUUUCGCUCGGGCAUAUAGGCAUGACAGCUGGAGAGUUUAGGGAAUUCAUCGAGACAAUGGCUUCAGAUUAUCAUGGGGACACCUAUCACCUCAUUUCCAAGAACUGUAACCAUUUUACGGAUGAUAUCUCGCAGAGGCUAACGGGCAAAAGGAUCCCCGGGUGGGUGAAUCGGUUGGCGAAGCUAGGUUCUCUCUUCAGUUGUCUGCUACCUGAAAGCCUUGAAGCAACUACAGUCAAACAGCUGCCAGAGUAUCAUACAUAUGAUGACGAUGGAAGCGACUCUGGGUCGUCAGUGAGCAGUCACGAAGGAUCAGAAAGCGAUGUGAUGGACCAAAAAGUCCUGCUUUCACCGACACCCACGGCUGAAGUAGCUUUUAUUAAAGAGAUUCCAAGGUAAUAUAUAUACACACACGGAGCAAGGAGGAGCCAAAACCGGGUGUAGUUCUCAUCAUUCAAUAGAAUCGACGGUUGUACAUGAUUACUGCGAUGGAACAUGCUCGCAAACACGGUUCUUUCUUUCUUUCUCAAGUUUUGAUUGUUGGUGUCCCUUUUUUCACAUUUUCGUUGUAAUGUUUCGUAAUGUACAUGCGAAUAUGUUGUAUGAUACAAUCGUUGUAAUAAAUGUUUUCCUGGUUUUAUGUUGUA